GUGGGGAAGGGAGACGGGGAAGGAGAGAGGAGGGGAGUGAAUGUGAGAAGAAGAGAACACACAGGAGAGGAGAAGAUCUGAAUUCACAUUAGCAGCAUUGUCUUCCUGAAUCAUAUACCUGCCCAUGUUCUUUGUUCAGAGCGCAGAGGCAGGGGACGAGAUGAGACGCUGCUUUCCACGGGGACACUGAGGCCGUCCGCCUGGCUGGCUGGCCGUGCUGCCGGGGAAACCCAUCCAUGUCCUUUCCUUUUGUCUCUCCAUAAUUGGCCGCGGAAGGUUUUCACAGCCAGAGAAGAGGUGAAGCGACGUGGAGAUCUAAAAAGGAGAGGACAGAAGAGAGAGAGGAGAGGAAAAGCGAGGAGGAAAGAAAGGAGGGAGAGCCUCGUGACAAUGUUUUGAAGGAGAGGCAAAACAAGAAAAGCAGGGACUGCGCUCGGCUAGAGGUACAUAUACAGAGCGCUGGAUGGGAUUUAGAGAGUGUUUUGAUUCUGCCAGUGACAUUGUAUUCAAAGGGCUCAUCUCCAAGGCUGUUGUCUUUGUCCUUUAGUGGCAAAUCACCACUGCAGACCGCGGUUGGAAUGAGCAGCUGGUUAUCUUGGUAAUGUCUUCCCGAGAUUCUGGGAGUCUCUAAUCAGAUCUGCUUACUCCAGACCACAAGGAUUUAACUCACUGCACAUCCGCUCUACCAUCAGGGUUACGCUAGUCUGGACCUAUAAACGUAGUAGACGAACAGUUCGAACUUGAGCUUUUGUGGUAACCAGACUUUGUGGUAUUGGAGAGGUCACGACCCCAAAGAUUUCCUGGGUCCAUCAACUGAAUAUUCGCAUAUUUUUAAUGCAUCCUGUCCAAUGGUGUAACGGGUGUCUGUGUGACCUUGGAUUGCAGAACUCCGACCAUUACUGCAAGAUGACAUCUGAGGAGCUCUUCCACCUGCCGCUCAACGUCUACAUCAUCAUCCUGGGCAUCGGCCUCUUCAUCCUCAUGCUCACCCUCAUCUUCUGCUGCUACAUGUUCAGACUCAGGCGACAAGGUGCAAGAGAACAGUACGGUUACAACGAGGUUGUUUUGAAAGGAGCGGGGAAGAAGCUGAGCCUAAUUGGCCAAACGUGUGCGGUGUGCUUGGAGGAGUUUCGCAGCAGGGAUGAGCUCGGAGUGUGCCCCUGCUCCCAUGCUUUUCACAAGAAGUGUCUGAUGAAAUGGUUGGAGAUCCGCAGUGUCUGCCCCAUGUGCAACAAGCCCAUUUGCCGCCUCCAGCCUGACCCGCCGCAAGCACCUGAGCGUCCACAGAGUCUCCUGGAAGUCUGAGAUGGGCACAGUAGGCACCCGUCACUAUAGACCCUGUCUCACCAACCGACAGUUUGUAGUUUUAGUAACUCAAACAUUAUUUCAGGCAGAGCUACCCUGGAACUAGAAAUUAUAUGAUUGUCUGAGUUAAACCGUAAGUGCAGAGCCAAAGAGCCUAUACAUGGUAAAUUAAAUGGGGGAGAUCAGCACAUCGGAUGCUAAAGCUAAGUGCCUUAGAGCUGCAGAUAAACUACUGACUUCAGCCAUCAGCAUUGGCACAUUCAUUCUUGCAUGUAUGUAAUCCUACUUUACCCCUCAUUAUAAAUCUGUUAUGUAAGAACUAAUGACUGAACAAUUGUGGUCAAUAGCCCUGGAGUGUCUGGCUCCACUUAAAGCUUGGGUAGGUACAAUUGGAGGAAUCGGCAUGUGUAAGCUAGAUGAAAAAAAAUAUCCAACCGAAUGACUGCAAACUCUUUUUCUAUCACUGUAGCUAACUUCGCCAAGUCGGCCACACUGACAGCCCGUCCCUUCAGGCCUCCCUCCAAAGCCACUCCCCCCAAAUUCUUAUAAUUACCGUAAACAACAAACAUGGUUGUUGUUUGCAACAGGACCCCAGGAAGUGAUUGAGGCCUGGGAGGCAGGGUUAGAGAAAACGCUAGUGCGCUUUCUCUAUGGGUCCAUGGAGACGGAAGAUCGGAGUAAAUUUAUCUGAAUUUUAUACCUGGAAGUCAAACAUUUGUUGCUUCAUGCACACAUGAGAAACUUUAAUAGGAAUGAACUUGGCCCCACCUCCAAAUACAUUACCAACCCUAACUUUAACUUUAGCUGCCAAGCUAACAGCAAACUGUGGCUUGAUUUACCCACUGAAGUUUGAUUUGAAUAUUGAGGAGAAACUUGUAAAAAUUACGACAACAGCGUCAGCGUUUCACAUCAACAUCACGGCAUCAAAUUCCUGAUUUAAGGGUCAGAUAGAACAGCUUCUACGUGUCUGAGUUUUCUACAGUUGCGUAUCCCCUCGCCUUGUGAAAGUGCCACUGUUACCCAACUAAAGACAUUAUUUCUGCCUCCAGAGCAGCUCCUCUGUUUUCGCUUCCUCUCUGUUUCCCCCCCCCCCACAAAACAACUAACAGCGCCACAUGAAUGGGAUGUGUCACAACUUUUUAAGAGCCCGGAGCUUGGACAGAAAGAAGAUUGAAGGACCAGACAACAACAAAAAACACCCUUGGCCCGUCGCUGCCCCAAAUUCUAUGACGAUGGCAAAGACUGUAAUGAAAGACAUGCGUGAAAAGAGGACUUUUAACCAAACAGGACAAUCGUAAACUAAAAAGUAUCGGGUCUGAGCGUAUUUUGACUUUAAUGUUUCAUUGUAUCACAAACACUCAGCUCUAUCCUACAUUAUGUUGCCAACAGGAGUGAAGGUAGCAAAGCCCUAAAUGGCAAGACAGUCGUAUCCAAUGGUAUCUGAUAGAAACUACAAGCAGUAAAUGAAAACAUAUAUAUAUGUUACACAUGUUUUUUAAGUUAUUUCUGAAGAACUGUUUUAUAUCAUAACUGGCUUGCGGUAUAAAGGUAUUGUGUGUCAGUGAUGCUAAAAAACUUUGACCGUCAUUUGUCAAAUAGUUGGAUGUCAUUGUUGCCGGUUGGACAGAUGAGCUCUGUACUGUAGUGAUAUAAAUAGACCCACUGCACUGAUAUGAAGAGCAUGUUUGAGCUGGAGGUGCCCCAUACACACCUAUCAUUCUCUGUAUCUACCGCGUAAUAUACUAUCAUGAGUACUGUGUAAAUUGUAAAUGCUUUUACAUUUUCUGAAGUUAGAAAAAUAUAUAUAUAUAUGUAACUGGUGUUUUGAUAUGGUCUUUUUGAUCUUUUUUCUAGUUUUGCUACAUGUCGACACUUAAAACUGUUUAUUUGUAUGCUGUCGUUAUAAUAUAUAUGGAAAGGUCAUGCUAUUGUGCUUUUGGUGCCCUGCCUUUGUUUUUAGGUGGUUUUGGUUGAUUUUACUUACUGUGUGUAUGUAUGUGACGUAAGGCUUUCCACCCAUAAGGUGCCACCCCUUAAAUGAUCCACCAACCCAAAUUAUGUUUUACUGGAUACUGGAUCC